AAACAACGCGUUGAAACAACUGCAAAUAAAAGGAGAAGUGAACGGCAAAAUUAUAACAAAACGACGCGUAGUCUACAUAAGAUUCUAAGGAACGGCACAAGUCCAAGUCAUCUCUAUCAAUCUUCUUCUUCUUCUUCUUCUUCACGCGGUUUUUUUUUUUCUUUAUUCACCAACUCAACACACACACGAAUCCCUUAAAACCGAUCAGAUCAAACAAAAACGAACGAAUCAAAAUUCAAUCAGAAGAAACCUUUCGAUUUCUCUCAUCCAAUCGAAUCCGAAAUCUUGUUCAUUUUGUUCUCUUUCUCUCUACUCCACUGCACUCAGAAUCUUUCUGUAUAGAAAAACCCUAAGUAGGUGAUGUUGCGAGCUUUAGCACGGCCUCUCGAACGGUGUUUGGGAAGCAGAGCUAGUGGUGAUGGUUUACUCUGGCAAUCGGAAUUGAGACCUCACGCCGGCGGUGAUUAUUCGAUCGCGGUGGUUCAAGCCAAUUCCAGGCUGGAAGAUCAGAGUCAGGUUUUCACAUCUUCUUCUGCUACCUACGUCGGCGUAUACGAUGGUCAUGGUGGACCUGAAGCUUCUAGAUUCGUUACCAGACAUCUAUUUCCUUAUAUGCACAAAUUUGCAAGAGAACAUGGGGGACUAUCUGUAGAUGUUAUUAAAAAAGCAUUCAAAGAAACUGAAGAGGAGUUUUGUGGUAUGGUUAAACGUUCCCUUCCCACGAAACCGCAAAUGGCUACUGUGGGAUCUUGCUGUCUUGUUGGUGCGAUCUCUAAUGACACACUGUAUGUUGCGAAUCUUGGGGACUCGAGAGCCGUUCUUGGAAGCGUUGUUUCAGGGGAUGAUAGUAGUAAGGGUGCCGUAGCUGAACGGUUAUCUACUGAUCAUAACGUUGCUGUUGAAGAAGUGAGAAAGGAGGUGAAGGCACUUAACCCUGAUGAUUCACAAAUCGUCAUAUACACACGUGGAGUUUGGCGGAUUAAAGGCAUUAUUCAGGUAUCGAGAUCAAUUGGGGAUGUAUACUUGAAAAAACCAGAGUAUUACAGGGACCCGAUUUUCCAGCGACAUGGAAAUCCCAUUCCUUUGAGGAGACCAGCGAUGACAGCCGAACCCUCCAUUAUAGUAAGGAAGCUUAAGCCACAGGACUUGUUUCUGAUAUUUGCAUCAGAUGGUCUCUGGGAACAUCUUAGUGAUGAAACAGCCGUAGAAAUCGUGCUCAAACACCCAAGAACUGGGAUUGCACGAAGACUUGUAAGAGCAGCUAUGGAAGAAGCGGCAAAGAAGAGAGAAAUGAGAUAUGGAGAUAUAAAGAAAAUAGCCAAAGGAAUUCGACGACAUUUCCAUGACGACAUAAGCGUUGUUGUAGUUUAUCUAGAUCAAAAGAAAACCAGUUCAUCGAAUGGUAAAUUGGUCCAGCAAGGAGGCAUCACCGCUCCACCGGAUAUCUACUCGUUACACUCUGAUGAAGCAGAGCAACGACGGUUACUCAAUGUGUUAUACUGACCCUUUGAUGAUGAUAAAAUGGUUGAUUGGGAAAGAUCCGAAUAGGGAGAAAACUUGUUUACAUAUUUGUUUAUUUGUUUUUCUACGAACAAUUGUUUUAUUUUAUUUUAUUGAAUAGUGGAGUUGGAUUUGCAUAUUCUUUUACCAGCAAAGAAGGUUGAAACCCUCUUCUUUUGGGGCAAAGCAGUUUUGCUUUUGACAAACAAUACUUUUGUAAGAAAUCUAGUGUGAGAAACCGUUGAGGACACUUCAAAUUGUUAUUUUAUGACUUGUAGAGA